AUGCACUCUCUCCAGAUUUUCCUCUUUCUUGUGGCGGUGAUAGAAGGAGUACUAACACCGCCGCCGCCACUUCUCCUUCCUCUACCACCCAUAAUAGCCGAUGAUAAGUCUCCUAGCAAUUACAAUGAAGAUGGUGGUGGGUGCGCUUCUGACGAGGUUCUUGGUGGUUUUAGUUAUGGCGGGAGUUUUGUACCUAGAGGCAUUGGUGAACUUGAGAACCUUAAUCUCUUAGACUUGAGCCAAAAUUAUUUGAAAGGAGCAAUUCCUUCCAAUAUAUUCAAUAUUUCCACGUUGACACUUUUGAACCUUGGUGGUAAUUUCCUCUACAGCACUCUCCCAUCAUAUUUAGGAAUUGGCAUUCCCAACUUGAGAUUUGUAUGGAAUGAUUUGAGUGGGUUAAUUCCUGAUACAGUUAACAAAUUACAUGGUCUUCAAUGUUUAAGCCUCAGUAGCAACAGAUUGUAUGGGUCCAUCAUAAAUGAACUUUGCCAACUCAAAAGUCCAAGUGAGUUGUAUCUUGCCAACAACAUGUUUUAUGGAGUGGUUCUAGGAUGCCUUGGGAAUACUUCUCUACGGAAGUUGGAUUUGAGCUCUAACAAAUUGAUUUCUCAUAUUCGCUCUUCUCUUUGGAGUCUCAAAGAUAUCUUGGUCUUAGACAUAUCCUCCAAUGCAUUGAGUGGAAUAAUUUCACCAGAAUCACAAUUUCAAGUUCACCCAUAUAGGAAAGAACACAAGCACAUGUCAAAUAAAUUGAAGCUAGUGAUAAAGUGCUCAUUGCCUAUCAUAUACAUGGUUGUCAUUUUGGUUGUUUCAGGCAUUGUCUUUCUAAAGUGUAAGAGAGAUCAUAUUAAUGAUUCAACCAAGAGGGAUUUAAUAAAUUUUGAGACAUCAAUUAGGAUAUCCUAUUAUGAGCUUUGGCAAGGAACAAAUGGAUUUAAUGAGAGUAAUCUUCUGGGCUUUGGAAGUUUUGGAUUAGUAUACAAAGCAACUCUUUCAAACUCAAAAAUAGUUGCUGUCAAAGUAUUUAAGUUAGAAAUGGAAGAAGCAUUAAGAAGCUUUGAUAUUGAAUGUGCUACCAUGUGCAAUUUAUGCCAUCACAAUCUCAUUAAGGUCAUUAGUUGUUGCUCAAAUGAUCAUUUCAAAUCUCUGAUAAUGGAAUUCAUGGAAAAUGGGACUCUAGACAAAUGGUUAUACUCUCAUAACUAUUAUUUAAAUGUCUUGCAAAGGUUGAACAUAAUGAUUGAUGUGGCAGUUACUUUGGAGUAUCUUCAUCACGGUUGUUCAACACUAGUUGUUUAUUGUGAUGUGAAACCAAACAAUGUUUUAUUGGAUGAAGAUAUGGCAGCUCAUCUUAGUGAUUUUGGUAUUGCUAAAUUUUUUGGUGAAGGACAACCAGAAAUUUAUACCAAACUUUGGCUACAAUUGGCUUAUAGCACCAGGUAA